AUGUUGUCCCGUGGGCGAUGUUAUUCCUGCUUCCUCUCGUCACACCCUUUCUCGGUUGCGAGUGGAGAGAUGUCAGUGCAUCCCGACCCAACUGCAGAACAACAGACCCGGAUUGCUAGCUACUUGCCGCACAGACAUGAACUUGGUCAAAGCAAUUUUUGCGGCUCUCACCAUUGGAUGGAUCGUCACCAGACCUCUCCCUCAACCAUGGAUAUGCCAAGUUGCAACGGCCGCCUGCAGCCGCAAGGGAAAUCGCUGGAGUUGAGACCGCUUGGUGUGCCGAACAGUCGAAUCAUGCCUGGUCUUUUCGACUUCUUACCCACAAAUUCUGGCCCGAAUUCUCAUCGGUGA